AUGACGCCCGAUCCCCCUGAUGAAGCUCUUCACUUCCGCGGAAAAACACUGACUCCGGAAAGCCCACGACCGCUGCACAUCCCGGAGCCAGCCAACAUCCCUGUUCUUGAGAACCAAAUGGACCCUGUCUUCAACGACACUUCGACGUACGAUCGCUCAGACGCCCCCCAGGUUUCUUUUCCUACACUUCAUACCCAAGAUGGAUGGUCGGCUGCCCCGGGAGGAGAGGGGGUAGGCCCGGGGUCGAGCCAGGAUGCAGGUAGUUUGCAUGGUCCGCAAUCCGGGAAUCCUGCAAUGAAUGAUUUGAGUGUUUCUGGAGACUCCUACUCUUCCAUCCCCGCGGGGACUGCCCAGGCCAGCAACAUGAACGCCGGUAUUUCUCUUCCAAACGCCAAACCUUCCCAUGCGCCUCCGGUGGUGCCGGGCUCUCAGGGCUUCGCCACGAUGGGCGCCAUAGACAAUGCCGGUAACCCCGUGGGUUUGUCCACUUUUCCAGGGCGCCUAGAUGAGGAUAGCAAGGGGAACCAUGAUACGACGGCGACUACGGCGGCAGGGACCGAGAUGGAGUCGAAUUCUGGUGCUGGUGCAACCGGUGUCAAUUUUCAAACUCUGCUGGACAAUCUCUCGCAUCGGUCCGCCACGGCGACCACCGGCGCUGCUCCUUCUCUAGAGGAAGGCUCGUCACUCCAUCAAGCAACCCAGGACGAGUCUCUCCAACCCAGUCUAUCAUCUGCUCAGGACACUCAGUCCUUGAACCACCCCCGCCCACCCCUCCACCCCUCCAACCAACCCCCCAACUACCACGAUGAUUCCGCUUAUCAUCUACUCCCCCCUGCCCAAAACCCCGCCUACGCGACAACCGCCAGUAACCAAGCCCAUCAAUCUUUCCCCUCCAUGCCCUCUGGAGGCCCCCCAGGCGCCGGCUCCGGGGUCGGUGCCCUCCCUCCGCCGCCCGUUGCCAGCUUCCAGCAAAACAACUCUUCUUCGGGCGCGGAGUCGCAGACGUCCCAAGAGGCUCCCGCUCAGACCGCUAAGAAAGGCCGUCCCGAUAAGCCUGCAGCACGGCCCGGUAAAGGCGCAGAUGACGAUUCGCCCUGGGGGCCGGAGGUCCAAAAGAAAUAUGACGAGUUUCUGCACGACGAGCGAGUCUACGUGACUGAAGGCCUGUGGGAUCGCUUCCCUGUGGGAUCGAGACUUUUCGUUGGCAACCUCCCAACCGAGCGAGUGACAAAGAGAGACAUGUUCCACCUUUUCCACAAAUAUGGCAAAUUGGCGCAGAUUUCGAUCAAACAGGCAUAUGGAUUCAUUCAAUUCCUCGAGGCAGGUGCUUGCCACGCAGCGCUCCAGGCCGAACAGGGGGCGCUGGUUCGCGGUAGAAAAAUACAUUUGGAAAUUUCCAAGCCACAACGAUCGACCAGACCCGGCCCUGCAGAGCCGGUUCGUGCGCCGCCACCUCGCCGCUCCCGAUCGCCAGAGUUCAGCCGUGCUGGUCCUGCCCGGUCCAGCGCCCGAGCCCCUGGCGAUCGGUUCGACCGGCCGCAUGAAGCCGCUCGGCUCCCGUUCAGUGAUUUCCGGGACGAACCUAGCUCGCACCGCCGACGUGAUGAUUAUCGCCCCCCGCGCUCGCCUUCGCCUCGCCCUUUCCGUCGAGAUGGAUAUCGAUCCCGAGAUCGGACUCCUGAACGACUCGACCGUCGCGACCGACGACGAUCGCGUUCACCCCCCGCUCCCCGCGAUCUCCUCCCUCGACGAGCCCCGCGAGAUGUCCCUGAAGUCCAAGUCCUUGUUCUGGAAGAAGUGGACCGGAACUUCACCCUGCAUGUGGAAAACGCCUUUCGCAAUCGCGGUCUCCGUGUAGAUGUUCUGGUCCUUGGUCCCCGAAUUACUCUGGGUGCUGCCGUCCAGCGUCAGUAUGUCGAGGGCGUGCUGGCCGUCGUUCGUCUAUCACGACCUAACCAGUUCUCCCGCAAAAUUCCCCUCCAGAUAUUUGAUCGAAGCGCCGGGCCAACCAACGUGCGUUUCAGUGAUUAUCCCGAGCUCGACCCCAAUCUCGCGGCCGAACUCAUGUUUCACCAAGCCCAAGCAAUGCAGCGAGGCCCCGCCCCCGCCUCAUUUGCGCCUAAUCCGGCUUUCGGCGUCCCUCACCUGCCGCCUAUGCCUAUGCCCCAGCCUUCGAUGCCCCAGCCCGCGAUGCCCCAGCCCGCGAUGCCUGCACUCUCGAACCCACCAAACAUUGCGAACUUGAUUGGUUCUAUGGACGGUCCAAGUCUCCAAUCCCUCUUGUCGGCCCUUCAGCAGCGCCCCAAUCCUCAAUCGCAGCCUGGAUCGGCAGCGCAGUCACCUUUCUCAUCCCCCAAUCCCCCUCCGCACGCCGACCUGGCGAGCCUUUUGACCAAUGCGAACCGGCCUCCCCCCGUCCCCCCGCCCCCGCAACAACCUUUCCUCCACCCUCCUUUCGCCAUCCAUCCUCAAAAUCCUCCGAUGGUCUCCGAUCCAAACCUUCUUUCACUUCUUGCGAAGGGUCUUGGGGGUCAGCCGCCACAUGGUCAGGCACCUGCUGGUUCCAAUGUCCAAAACAUUAUGAACCAAUUGGCCAAAUGGAAGCAAUGA